AACAAAAUCAAACAAAAUUAUUCGUCCAAGAGCAGAUCAUAAAAUGUCAAAAAUCUGACUGUUUAACUUUAGUUUAGUGUUUUUUAAGAAGAAAUGGAAGUAGAUAACUGCGAAAUUGGCCAAAAUCUAAUUGUAGAACUUGAAAAUGAGAUUCUUGUCGGCGUUCUAAAGUUUAUAUCCAAAGACAAACGCGUAAUCGAACUCUCUAAUGUUAGAGACUUCAACAGCGGCUAUGUCUUCACAUCAUCACAAACCAUCCCAAGGCCACUCAUCAAGUCUAUAAAAUGCUGCAAGGAUGUUGAGGCGCCAGAAUCAACCUCUUCAUCAUGUUCAGAUCAAGACCAUGAAUUCGAUCGACCAAAACCGGAUUAUCUAGUCCCCAUAAGUGGUGAAGAGCUUGAUCGAAUCCAAGAACUCGUAUCCUCAAGCACAUACAUCUUCCAAGUAGAUCAACGGUAUCACAAAGCAAUCGCAAAUCUGAAACAACAAAGUGUCAUAGGACUGCACAUGGAGCCGUCGAAUUUUGGGCGCCACAAUCGCACAUCGCUGUUAGUUGUGACGACGUGUCAGAAUAUCUACAUAUUUGAUCUCAUUUCACUGGGUGCUAUAUUCAAGGAUCUGCGAAACAUUUUGCAAGCCAAGUCGCCAAGGAAAGUUUUAUACCACUCGAAUAAAAUAGCCGAUAACCUGAAGUACAAACACAAUGUUCAAUUAGACGGAAUAUUUGACUUAUUCGUCGCACACUGCCUUAUAUCGAAGCAAAAGAAGCUGACCAGAUUCGAUGAGUGCGUCGUCACUUAUCUCCGUAUUCCCAUAAAUUACUUUCAAGGAGACGAUGAGUUUCAGGCAAAGAUCUUCAAUAGGCCAUUGCCAAAAUCUCUCCUCGAUGUCCUAUCAAAAAAGACUGCAUUCCUUUUAAAACUCUACGAUCACAUGGUUCAUGAAAUUAUGCUUAAGAACUUUUAUAAACAAUGCAGAGAGUACUCGGAGUCCUUUACGAAGAAUGAGUGUGAUGUCGAGGUGGCGAUGCAGAUGGCACCUGGCUCAACGCAUGGAACCAGUUGCAUCGGAGACAAAGAAUGGGCAGACUUACUCGAGCUUCAUUUGAAGUUGUAAUCUUAAGUGAAAUUCUAAAUUCUUAGACUUGCAAGCUCAAAAAUGUGAUUUUGUACAAAAACAUCUAUUUGUAUAUUUUGUACAUACAUACAAGUUAAAUAAAUUAACAAUUGCAAUGAAUUGAAAUGAAGAA